GGAUUGAAUGUUUAUAGGUGCUAUAACUAAGUAAUAACAGGAAUUACGGCGUUAUAGCAGAAGAUACAUUGCAGUUAGGAUCGAAAUGAAAUGACACAUCAUUAUAACUUUAGCCAACAUACAUUUUUUUCCCCCUCUUUGAAUACUAGUUCUACUUUUAUUUUGCAAUUCAGCCAAAGUCCACAAAUCAUUUUAAACAAGCUUCUUUCUUUUCCAGGUCCCGCUGACAUACGCCCCAUGAAGAACCUCACUGCCAUCGCCGGCCGGGACACGUACAUCCACUGCCACGUCAUCGGCUACCCAUACUACUCCAUCAAGUGGUACAAGAACUCCAACCUGCUGCCGUUCAACGACAGACAGCGAGCGUUCGAGAACAACGGCACUCUGAAGCUGCUGAACGUGCAAAAGGAGCUGGACGAGGGCGAGUACGCCUGCCAUGUCCUCGUCCAGCCGCAGGUCUUUAAGAACCAGAGCGUCCACGUCACUGUGAAAGUCCCUCCCUUCAUCCAGCCCUUCGAGUUCCCACGUUACUCCAUCAGUCACAGGGUCUUCGUUCCCUGCGUGGUGCGUUCAGGUGAUCUGCCCAUCUCUAUCAACUGGGAGAAGGACGGAAAGCCCAUUAACGCCAGCCUGGGCGUCACCAUCGACAACAUCGACUUCACCAGCUCACUGCGUAUAUCCAACCUGCAGCGGGUUCACAACGGCACGUACACGUGUAUCGCCUGGAACGACGCCGCCGUCGUCAAAUACCAGAGCCAGCUCAUCGUCAGGGUUCCACCGAGAUUCACCGUCCAACCCAAAGACCAGGAUGGGAUCUAUGGGAAAGCUGUGAUCCUCAACUGUUCUGCUGACGGAGAACCUCGUCCAACUAUAGAGUGGAAAUACUCUAAAGGUGCUGGUGUUCCUCAGUUUCACCCAAUUGCACUAAACUCGGGCUACAGGGUCCAACUGCUGAGCAACGGUUCUCUGCUCAUAAAGCACGUGCUGGAAGAAGAUGCCGGUUACUACCUGUGUAAGGUCAGCAAUGACGUGGGAGCCGACGUCAGCAAGUCCAUGUACCUCAACGUCAAGAGUAAGUCAUGCUGAUCUGAUAGAAGUCACAAGGAUCGUGCUUGUUUUGGUGUCAUUUAGACUGGAAGCUUGUGAAGCAUUUG